AUGGAUUUCAAUCCCGAUACUCUCCCAGACCUCAAGGACAAAGUCUUCAUAGUCACAGGGGGGAAUUCCGGCAUAGGCUAUUAUACCGUAGCUCACCUAGCGGAGCAUGGUGCUCAUGUUUACCUAUGCGCUCGGUCCACUAAGAAGGGCACAGAAGCCAUCACCAACAUUAAGAGAAUGCACCCUUUAGCCAACAUCGACCUUCUACAAAUGGACCUCAUGGACCUUGCCAGCGUCGUUGCGGCGGCUAAGCACUUUCUGGCCAUUGAAACAGCCCUUCACGGCCUGGUCAACAACGCAGGCAUCAUGGCGACGCCCUUCCAAAUGACCAAAGAUGGUCACGAAGCUCAAUGGCAAACCAAUUACCUCGCGCACUGGGUUUUGACAGAGCACCUCCUCCCUCAACUGCUGCGGACCGCCAAAUCACUUCCUCCCGGCAGCGUGCGAAUCGUCAAUCUCACCUCGUCAGGUCACCUAGGCGCACCAAAAGGGGGAAUAAACUUCAAGGACCUAUCGCUCAAGGAUAGUAGCCCUUGGCUGCGGUAUGGACAAAGCAAACUUGCGAACAUUCUGCACAUCACAAUGCUACACAAAAGAUACGGCCCAGGCUCUCUUAGUGCAGGGAACUUUGAGGGCGAGAUCUGGGUCUCAUCCGUACAUCCAGGUCUGGUUGAAACAAACCUUGCGACGACGGUAGGGCAGUCGGGGUCAGGCAUGGUGAGCAUUUUCUCGGUGCUACGCAUGUUCGGAUUCAUGUGGCCUGCUGAUAAAGGGUCGUGGACCAGUUUAUUCUGUGUAGCUAGUAAGGAUAUGAGGGCAGAGCAGAGUGGCGCGUAUCUCGAAAUCUUCCGGCGGUUUGGUGAGCCAAGGUGGCAGAGCGCUGCGGCAAAGGAUGGAAAGCUCGCACAGAGAUUAGAGGAGUACACUAGGGAGGCGAUGAGUGAUGAAGGGUGGACUCUGUAA